AUGGCUGCUCUUCGUUCCGAUGGGGCUGCUGCUGCCACCUUGUCUCCAAAUGGCAUGAUGUCGCCACCAGUACCUGGUACGAAUGUACCUCCGCGACAGACGGCGCUGGCCAAUCGUCUGAACUCCGCGCUGUCAGCAUCUUAUGCGGAUUCGGAGAUCAGAGAUGCCCUAGAGACUCUAGAUAGUAGAGGGAUUCAAAACACCGCAGAGACUCGACGAACCCUUCGACUUGAUGUCCAGAAAGAAGUCAUCGACUCCAAUGGCAAGAUAAUACAGGAUUUUGGCAGGGUUGCAGAGCAACUCACUCGAAUCAGCGAUGUCAUUGCCAAUCUUAAUACAAUAUGUCAGGAUAUGCGAAGUCGCCUUGCGAUAGCACACCAAGAGACCGGACCGGUGCUAGAAGAAGCGUCCACCCUAAGGGCCCAAAAGGAGGAUGCGGAGACGAAGCAGGCCCUACUCAAUGCUUUCAAUACGCACUUUAUCCUUCCCGAAGAAGAUGUGCAAGCUUUGACAUCUCUGGCGGGACCAGUAGAUGAACGUUUCUUCCACAUCCUAAGCAGGGUGAAACAGAUACACAAGGACUGCGAGGUUCUGCUGGGCAGCGAAAACCAAAAGUUAGGGCUAGAUAUCAUGGGGCAAAGCUCUAAGAAUCUAAACUCCGCGUUCUUGAAGCUAUAUAACUGGAUACAGAAAGAGUUCAAGUCAUUGAACCUAGAAGAUCCGCAGGUCAGUGGCACAAUCAGAAAGGGCAUCAGAGUGCUCGCGGAGAGACCGAGCCUCUUCCAUAGCUGUCUUGACUCCUUCGCCGAAGCUCGAGAAUAUAUCCUCUCCGAUGCGUUUCAUCAUGCUCUUACAGUAGCUCUGUCUAGCGAAGGAGGUGAUGCGAACACAAAACCCAUUGAAUUUUCCGCCCAUGAUCCGCUUCGAUAUGUUGGUGACAUGCUCGCCUGGGUACAUUCUGCUACCGUCUCUGAGAGAGAAGCCUUGGAAGCACUCUUUGUCUCGGAUGCAGAUGAUCUUGCAAAGGGUAUGGAAGCCGGCAUAAAGAGUGAGCCGUGGACUCGUGUAGAGGAAGGAGAACCUGUAUUCGAUGGCCAAAAAGCGCUGAAGGAGCUUAUCACCCGAGACCUGAGCGGAGUUGCGCGCUCACUACAACAAAGGGUCGAGCUGGUGGUUCAGGGACACGACGAUGCAGUCACGAUAUAUAAAGUGAUUAAUCUCCUAGCUUUCUAUGAGACCACCUUCAGCAAGCUCGUUGGGGCCGAGUCGAUGCUGGUAGAUACGCUCUCAUCCCUACAGCGGUUCACAAUGGAACAUUUUGAAUCUCUAAUGCAGGAUCGUGUCAAGGCCGCUUCAAAUGAUGCCGCUGGUCUCUUGCCACCGGAUGAUCUGAGUCCGCCUGAAUACCUGACAGAAUGCAUUGAGAACUUAGAGCUGCUCAUGAAAGCAUAUGACUCUUCCUUCGGCCACGAGGUGAUCAACAAGGCGUUCCAGGAAGAUAACAAAUUCACCCCAAUCCUUCAAGCAACCUUAGAUCCAAUGUUGGAGCUAACUGAGAAAUCUGCCCGUUCGCUGAACGAUCCCAUCUCGCGAGUAAUAUUCCGAACCAACUGUGUCCUCGCUGCUCGAGCAGCGGUAUCUUCACAUGAAUUUGCAUCUGUAACCCAUUCAGGUUCACUGUCCAAAACUCUCGCCAACCUACGAGCCGAACUGCACAAGUUCCAGCAUGAAUUCCUGCUCGAACAGUCCGGCUUACAUACCCUACUUCAGGCCCUGGCCCCCUUCACCCCAGGCAUCACGUCAGACAAUUCAAACCUAGCAACCAUCGCCAGUCUACCGGAAUUCCAACCAGAUGCCCUCUCCACUAUCAGCCAGCAGCUAGAUGACUUUUUACCAGCAGCACUAGUCGAUGCAACUGAUAAUCUUAAACGUGUAAAUAGCCCCAGUUUAGUGAAGAGUGUGACAGAGGAAGCUGUCGAGGCGUUCUCGAACGACUUUGAGUUUAUCGAGAGCAUGAUCAUAGGGGCUGACGAGGCUAAUGGGAAGCAAGAGGAUAGACGGGAAUCUAGCGUUGACAGUGAGUCUGGGGAAGAACAGGAAUGGAGCUUGAGAGCAUUAUUUCCGCGGACAACGGGUGAGAUUAGAGUUCUCUUGAGCUGA